AAUUCCAUGCGCGCGGGUCGCAAGCGCGUCGCUCGGUUAAGCAACCACUAUCCCAAUUCCUUUCUCGUAUUCAAAAAAGAACUCAUUAGUUAGUUUCUAUUAUCAAAUUUUGAAUCGUUGUCAUGUGUUUUGUUUUUAAAAUUUGGUGGCCGGCCAAAGUAAACUUUUGCAAAAGUUUGUUUUAAAAGUUUUUCUUGUUUAAAUUUUUUUGAGUUUGCACUUUGGAAAUGUUUUGUGAUUACAUUGUUAUGUUGUUGUUCGCUUUUGUGGUUAUUGUUUAGUGCUUGGUUUUCGAUUACAAUUUCUGUUACUGUUAUUAAAUGUACCGUUCGAAGUUUCUUUUAUAAUUUGCGGUGUUUUUGUGGAGUGAGUACGGGGUUAACUUUAAAAAAGUGCAUUUGAAGUGACCUGUAACGUUAGUUCUAGGGCACUAUGAAGCUUCUCUGGAAAGUUUUGUGCACCCUACUUCUACUUAUACAGGCUGUUCUCGGUAACUGGUGGAAUUUAGCAGCCGUCCGGCAACAGUCCCCGCACGGCAACACAUCGUUAGAUACGGUCAUGCCGCUGCACAAAGACAACUGUCACAGACUAGAGUAUCUGGUGGAGCGACAGAAACAGCUGUGUUUGCUCUCCGACAAAAUGAUACAGGUUCUUCAGACCGGUGCGCUACAGGCUGUGGAAGAAUGUCAGCAUCAAUUUCGACACAGCCGCUGGAAUUGCAGUACAAGUAUUGCUGAAAACUCAACAGACAUUUUCGGUGGAGUACUGAAAUUCAAAUCACGAGAGUCAGCAUUUGUACAUGCACUAUCUGCAGCUGCUCUUGCGCAUACAGUAGCGCGCGCUUGCAGCCGCGGUGAACUGAACGAGUGCUCCUGCGAUGCUCGUGUGAGGAAACGCACGCCGAGACACUGGCAAUGGGGAGGGUGCUCUGAGGAUAUAAGAUAUGGCGAGAUGUUUAGUCGAGACUUCAUAGAUUCCAAAGAAGAUAAGAACACUAAUGAAGGGCUGAUAAAUUUACACAACCAUGAAGCAGGACGAAGGGCAGUACGAGGUCGUAUGCAACGCGUGUGCAAAUGUCAUGGUAUGUCUGGAUCUUGUUCGGUCCGCGUGUGCUGGCGUCGGCUGCCUCAACUCAGGCUGGUUGGUGACGCUCUCAUUACCAGAUACGAAGGAGCCUCUCAUGUUAAGAUCGUUGAAAGAAAAAGAGGCAAGAAUAUAAGAAAACUGAGGCCACUACACUCGGACAUGAAGAAACCCAAUAAAACUGAUUUGGUGUAUUUGGACGACUCACCUGAUUACUGCGAACCUAAUGAAGAACUCGGUAUCUUAGGCACUAGCGGUCGCACAUGCAACCGCACAUCAGCUGGGCUCGACGGUUGCCGGUUGCUAUGCUGUGGUCGCGGCUACCAGACCAGGGUACGCGACCAUGAGGAAAAAUGCAACUGUCGCUUUGUCUGGUGCUGCAAGGUUCAUUGUGAAGUCUGUCGCUACAAAAAGGAUCACCAUGUUUGUAAUUAAUGGUUUUAUUGUUUGUUUCAAAAUAUUUCGACCUCGUCACUAUUGCUAAGAUCAUUCUGUCUGAUUACAUUGUGCUAUUGUCACUUGGCUUGUAAGAAGAGCUUCUUCGUUUUCAAGUUCUAUUCCUAUUUGAGCUUGUACAACAUCGUUUUUGAGGUUGUAUUAAAGAGUAAGAUUAGGUUGAACAUAUGUUACUUCAUAUGUUAGGUACUUUUAAUAAUUUUGCUAUUGAUUACAGAAUAAGUCCCUCAUACAGAUGCACAGGUUAUGGUAUGAACUUUCAACUAUAAAUUUCUCUAGAGGUUACGGUAUGAAGUUCUAAAAAGAUUAGAAAAAGAGAUUUCUUUGCAAUCAAUAGCAGAUAAUGAUACUCCAAAUGUUAUAGACUACCUAAAGUUUCCCAUUGACAACGAGAAGGGCUGUAUAUUUUUUGCUAGCUCUUCGUGAAUAAACAAAUUUUGGAGCAUCUAUAGAUAACUUUGUAAUGAUGAGUAGUAUUUUGACAUAAAGAAUUAGCAUUCAUUUAGUAAUUUCUAACGCUUUCGUGUAAAAUAACAUGAUAGUAAAAUAAUUGUAUCUAGUAAAGAUUUUGUUGUCGCUAUGACAACAGGAUUAUUAGUAGAUACGAACCUUUUUUUGUGGACGAAUGCACUUUGAUACUAUAAGAAUAAAUUCUUGCCAAUAUUAUUUAAAUUGUGGUUUAGAAGCAAAAAAAAAAAAUAAUAACAAUAAUUUAAACAAUUUAUUUGCAACGAUUGUAGAUGAUUAUUAUUUAAUCAUUGAUACAAAAGUCUUUAUUAAUCCAAUUAACUUAAUUAAUACAAAUAUAAAUUUUAUAUAUUAUUAUCUCUUAAUACUUUAGUUACUUAUCCAUCAUUUCACUUAAUUAUUUUCCUAUUGUGUUAAAAUAAAAAUAAAAUAUAUAUGUAAAUCACUUUUAAU